CCUGGAUUGAAACCGCCUAGCAUGUACGAGUUAAGAGUUCCAUUACUUAGAAAGGAAGUGGAGGAUACCCAAACAAUGCUGGACGAGCACAAGAAGGAAUGGGCAUUAAAAGGUUGCUCGUUGUUAUCUGAUGGGUGGCGUGAUAACGUUGCCCAAAAGGAGAUUAUUAAUUUUUUAAUUAAUUCUCCAAAGGGUUCGGUAUUCAUCAAGUCCAUGGAUGUUUCAGAAGUUUCAAAAGAUGCAAAUCUUAUGUUUAAUAUUCUUGACGAAAUGAUUGAAGAAGUUGGUGAACAGAAUGUAGUCCAAGUUGUAACUGACAAUGCAUCCGCUUAUGUGAAAGCGGGAAAAUUGCUAGAAGCGAAACGCCCACACCUUUAUUGGACUCCUUGCGCUGCGCAUUGCAUUGACCUUAUGUUAGAGGACAUUGGGAAGAUUCCCAAAGUUCACAAUAUUUUGAAGAAGGCAAUUUUUAUGAAUGGUUUUAUUUAUUCCUAUGUUCCUCUUGUGAAUAUGAUGAGGAGAUUCACGGGCCAAAGGAAUUUGCAUAGGCCUGGCAUCACGAGAUUUGCUACAUCUUUUAUCACUCUCUCUCAGUAUCACAAACAGAAGAACAAUUUGAGGAAGUUGGUGACCUCAGAAGACUG